CCAUCGAGCAAUUAUCAGUUCGAUCAAAGAUCAUGACUAGAGGGAUGACUUCUUUUUCUUUAUCAAAAGUAUUCAUGUUUUUUUCAGCUAUCUUUCUCCUCCACGGGCUCUCGCCAUUGAAUGCAUCCGUGACAAGAAAUUACACAUUUAAAGUGGCGUUACAAAACGUGACAAGAUUAUGCCACACAAAGAGUAUGGUUACCGUAAAUGGCCAGUUUCCUGGUCCUCGCAUUGUUGCUAGGGAAGGCGAUCGUCUCCUUAUCAAAGUCAUUAAUCAAGUCCCUAAUAAUAUUUCUAUCCAUUGGCAUGGAAUAAGACAACUUCAAAGCGGUUGGGCAGAUGGACCAGCGUAUGUAACACAAUGUCCUAUACAAACCGGACAAAGCUACGUAUACAAUUUUACGAUCGUGGGUCAAAGAGGAACUUUGUGGUGGCAUGCCCAUGUAUCAUGGCUAAGAGCAAGUCUCUAUGGACCUAUUAUCAUUCUCCCUAUGCUUGGUACCCCUUAUCCUUUUGUCAAACCCUACAAAGAAGUUCCCAUUAUAUUUGGUGAAUGGUUUAAUGGUGAUACCGAGGCAAUAAUAAAUCAAGCCUUACAAACUGGGGGUGGACCAAAUGUCUCAGAUGCUUAUACCAUUAAUGGUCUUCCUGGACCCUUAUACAAUUGCUCAGCAAAAGAUACAUUCAAGUUAAAAGUGAAGCCAAGUAAAACAUAUCUCCUUAGAUUGAUAAACGCCGCACUUAACGACGAGCUUUUCUUUAGCAUCGCCAAUCACACUCUUACUAUUAUCGAUGUUGACGCUGUUUAUGUCAAACCUUUCGAAACACAAACUCUUCUAAUCGCUCCUGGUCAAACCACAAACGUUCUCCUCAAGACUCAUAGUAAAAUUCCCAAUGCCACUUUUUAUAUGAUGGCCCGACCUUAUGUAACCGGCCAAGGAACAUUCGAUAACUCAACCGUUGCUGGUAUAUUAGAGUACAAAGAUUCUCACGUAAAAAGACUUCCCUUAUUUAAACCGACGUUACCUUCUCUAAACGACACUUCAUUUGCGACAAAUUUUACAAGUAGAUUGAGAAGUCUAGCUAGUGGUAAGUAUCCCGCUAAUGUUCCUAAGAAAAUAGACAAACGAUUCUUUUUCACCGUGGGACUUGGGACAAGUCCAUGUGACCUAAAAAACCAAACAUGCCAAGGGCCUAAUGGGACCAAAUUUGCAGCCUCGAUUAGCAACAUUUCCUUUAUUCAACCGAAAACGGCUCUUCUUCAAGCUCAUUUUUUCGGAAAAUCUAGAGGAAUUUACUCGCCCAAUUUUCCUUAUAGCCCUAAUUGGUUUAAUUACACCGGAAAUCCUCCAAACAAUACUAUGGUGACAAACGGGACCAAACUUAUGGUUCUUCCAUUUAACACGAAUGUCGAACUUGUCUUGCAAGAUACAAGUAUUCUUGGUGCCGAAAGUCAUCCUUUCCAUCUUCACGGUUUCAACUUUUUCGUCGUUGGCCGAGGUUUUGGAAACUUUGACAUGAAUAAGGAUCCGAGUAAGUUCAAUCUUGUCGACCCGGUUGAAAGGAAUACGGUUGGAGUGCCUUCUGGUGGUUGGGUUGCUAUUCGAUUCUUAGCUGAUAAUCCAGGGGUAUGGUUCAUGCAUUGUCACUUAGAAAUUCAUACAAGUUGGGGUUUAAAGAUGGCUUGGCUUGUUUUGGAUGGAAAACUUCCCAAUCAAAAAUUGCUUCCUCCUCCUGUGGAUCUUCCUAAAUGCUAAUCAUUAACCACCUCUUUGUAUUGUUUUUUAUAUUUAUUUUCAGUCCAAUUUCUGAGUUUUUUGAGUUAGUAUAUUUUUUUAAUCUUGUGAGAAGAAGUCAUUAUAUUGUUUAAAGAAUAAUUGUUAUUGCUAUUUGAAGGCUUGAUUAUAUAUUUUGAAUAUAUUUUGAAUA